AUGACUAUUUGGGGCAUUUUCGCGUAUACUGCCAUACCUGCGGGAGUGCUGUUGACUAUGCUCCUCCUCAGCGAAUUCACCAUGCUCAUGAAGGUGGCUUCCGGCGUGAUGAACUCUCCCGUGCACAUUGGCAGUUUGAGAUUAAACAUCGCCGUGUUCAUGACAGCUCUUUGCCUUUGCCUCACUGUGCUCUCCUACUCAGGUUUCCGUCGUGAGCAGAUGCGAGAUAGUUUGGCCUCAGGACAGCCUGGCUUCUUCCGCGAUUCUGAGAAGCCGAAGCUGUUCUACGUGGAGCGAAACUUUUGGAUCUCGUUGCUGGGACUGACUCUCUGGAGCACGGCAUGGCGCUUGGAGGGCAUCUUCCGUCGACGACCGCAGCGGCCACCCACGGCGUUGAACCUUAAAGCCUCCAAGCUGAUAUGGAUUUUGGUUGGCGGGCUUGCCCUUUUGCUGUCAGAUCUUCCGUUGUGUAGACUGAACUACCAGCUGCAGCUGUCCUACUACGUGACACCCGAGAAGGAGGCCCUCAUGAGUUCCGCGCCACAAUGCACAGGAGUUUAUGAGAGCAACGCUGGGAGUUGCAGUAACUUCUGUUCGCAGGUGCGGAAGGUGUCCCAGGAGCGGCAGAACUGCGUGAUGUUUGCGCGAAAGUGGCAUAUCCUUGGACGAUGGGCAGCUGAGAUCUUUGAUAUGUCUCGAGAUGCUAAGCAGGGGCCAGAGCACAUCAACGAACUCUUUCAGAAAAAGACCUGCGAGGGCGUUUUGCAGAGCGUUGACAAGAGCAAUGUGGGAGUAAAUACCUUCUGCUCCAUUACUGCGGGAAUUGCUAUGUUGGCGGCGUUUGCCGCCUUUGCCCAAGUCACCGAUACCAACGAACAGAACCUGCACCGAGACUGA